AUGCUUCAAGCUCCUUGCCUCUUGGAUCCUCGGCUUCGGGAUAAUACCAAAAUGACAAUCGAGUCCAAUGUUGGCUCCUCCCUGACGCUCAGCUGCGAGGCGAUUGGCUCAGAUCCUCUACACUACGUCUGGUGGAUGGGAAGCCGAUCUGCCGACUGGGUCACUCACUCCGGCCCACUUGGUGGGAUUUCAGGUCAUCAAAUGCCUUCUGCUUCCGCACCCUCAGCAUCACUUUUGCUACCUUCCUCUUCCCUCUCGUCAUCUUCCUCUUCUUCGUACUCCACCUCUUCCGCAUCCUCUCCAUCCUCCUCCGCCGCGUCUGUCGCCGCCUCCUCCUUCAGCAUUGCUGCUGCCUCGUCGUCAUCCUCCUCUUCUUCGUCUUCUUCUUCAUCCUACUACUCAUCCACCAGGCAGCCACAGCUCUUCAUUCCUUACCUUCGGCGGGAACACACUGGACAGUACACCUGCCAAGUCUCCAAUAGGGCAGGAGCUCUCAAUUACACAUACCGUGUGAUUGUACGAGGUGAGUUAGUCAAAGCUAGCCUUCUAUUUUGGCCUUUUGAUGAACCAUUGGAGGAAAGAUUAUUAAAAAGACUGCGAUAG